GGACAGUUGGGUUAAUGGACUUGAUGGGUAUACCAUCAAUAGAGUAUCUACUUGCCACUCCAAACUUCGUACUGUAAUAAAGUUACAGUCUUUCUUGCUUUCUCUGACCACCAUUUAAUUGUCCCAGCUAACUAUGUUUUUCCCGGAGGCGAAGAAGAUGGGAAUUGCAGCUGUAAUGGUGUGGAUUGCUUUACUGUGCUGCCACGUCUCCGCCGCCGGCCAUCAGCGGCGGCAGCUGAGGUUUGAUGGCAAGAAGGGUGAUUUCAGGAUUUUGCAGGUGGCGGACAUGCAUUUCGCCGACGGCCGGAAAACGCCUUGCGAGGACGUUUUACCGCAGCAGAUGAAAACUUGCUCCGAUCUCAACACCACCGCCUUCAUCCGCCGCCUUAUUCGCGCCGAGAAACCUGAUUUUAUUGUUUUUACGGAUUCUAGCAAAACCUGUCAUUUAUACUUUGCCGUUUUCAUGACGACUUGGGAAGUCUACGCUGUCAUACGAUUUCAAGAAAUAUGUGGAUCAUUAGUUGAUGUGAAGAUUGAUAACACAGGGGACAACAUCUAUGGGUUUGAUGCGAGUGAUGCUGCAGCAUCGAUGAAUGCCGCAUUUGCCCCUGCUGUCUCAUCGAACAUUCCGUGGGCCGCUGUUCUAGGCAAUCACGACCAGGAGUCUACGUUGUCUAGGGAGGGUGUGAUGAAGCAUAUAGUUAGCAUGAAGAACACUUUGUCACAGCUUAAUCCUCCCGGAGUUCAUAUUAUCGAUGGAUUUGGAAACUACAAUUUGGAGGUCCACGGUGUUGAGGGUUCGCGCUUUGAGAAUAAAUCAGUUAUGAACCUCUAUUUUUUGGACAGUGGGGAUUACUCGACUUCUCCCUUGAUUCCUGGCUAUGGUUGGAUUAAACCCUCUCAGCAGCUCUGGUUUCAACGUACUUCCCUCGAGCUUCAGAGGAGUUACAUGAACAAGCCAGAACAGCAAAAUGGUCCAGCCCCAGGGCUUGCGUACUUCCACAUUCCACUACCCGAAUACGCAAGUUUCGACUCGUCGAACUUUACAGGUGGCAAACAAGAAGGCAUUAGCUCGGCAUCUGUGAACUCUGGAUUCUUCACGACAAUGGUGGCUGCAGGGGACGUGAGGGCCGUUUUCACGGGCCAUGAUCACUUAAAUGACUUCUGUGGAAAAUUAAACGGCAUAAACAUGUGUUAUGCUGGUGGCUUUGGGUACCAUGCCUAUGGGAAGGCUGGGUGGGCCAGGAGGGCUAGAAUGGUAAUUGCAUCUCUCGAGAAAACGGGAAAUGGAUCGUGGGGCCCCGUGAAGUCAAUCAAGACGUGGAAGCGUCUUGAUGAUGAACAUCUCACCGCCAUUGAUGGCCAGGUGCUGUGGGCCAAGAGCUCAAGCAGUGGUAAGCAUAUGUUGCGUUGACUUAUCUUCUUUUGGGAGAUUUUUUUUUUUUUUUUUUUU